GGGAAGACGUGGCCAUGGACCAGAGGAAGAACGAGAGCAUCGUGCCCAGCCUGACGCAGCUGGAGGAUUUCCUCACGGAGCACGACUCCAACGUGGUCUGGCUUCUCGUGGCCACCAUCCUGUCCUGCGGGUGGAUCAUUUACCUCACGUACUACAACUCUCGGAAUGUCGGCCUGAUCCUGACGCUGGUCCUCAACAGGCUGCACAAGCGCGGCUACAUCCACAUCGGCUCCUUCUCGUUCUCUGUGCUUUCCGGGAAAGUCAUGGUCCGCGAAAUCUAUUACAUCACAGAAGACAUGUCCAUCAGAAUUCAAGAUGGAUUUAUAAUCUUUCGCUGGUGGAAAAUGUACAACCCAAAGCAGAAACAGCAUGACCCAAAGGCAGAAACCAGGCUAUCCAUCACGAUCAACGACUUUGAAUUUCAUGUUUACAACCGUUCGGAUCUUUAUGGACGUCUUCAGGAAUUGUUUGGUUUGGAGCCAACUAUCAUCUCGCCCAAGAAGGAGGAUGACAGAGCGCAGGACCGUGGAAGGAUCAGGACCCGAUCCGGAAUGGAAAGAGUUAGCGUGAAGACAGAGUCCCAGGACCCUGCGUCUUCCUGGCGGUCACUCAUCCCCGUGGUCAAGGUCAGCGUGAGCACGGGGCGCCUGGCCUUUGGGAACCACUACCAGCCGCAGACCCUGUGCGUCAGCGUGGACGACGCCUUCCUGACCUACACCACCAAGCCGCCCUCCAGCCACCUGGACCAGUUCAUGCACAUCGUCAAGGGGAGGCUGGAGAACGUGCGGGUGAUGCUGGUGCCCAGCCCCCGAUACGUGGGCCUGCAGCACGACGAGCCGCCGCGGCUGAUGGGGGAGGGCUUCGUGGUGAUGCACUCCAACGACGUGGACGUCUACUACUACAUGGAUGAGCCAGGGCUCGUUCCGGAGGACGCGGAGGACAGCGCCGACGGGGAAGCGGGCAGCGAGGACAGCAAGCUGCAGGACCUGCCCCCGUGCUGGGGGCUGGACAUCGUGUGCGGCAAGGGCACGGACUUCAACUACGGGCCCUGGGCCGACAGGCAGAGGUGGGUGGGCCGUGGCCCUCGCUGCCCACCGGCGCCCGUGGUGCAGCAUGGAGCUGGGCCCGGCCCCAGGGAGGGGCGCUGCGGCUACACCCCCGCGAUCAAAGGGCAGCUGCUGCACGUGGACGCCACCACCAGCAUGCAGUACCGUGCCCUGCUGGAGGCCGAGAUGCUGGCGUUCCACAUCAACGCCAGCUACCCGCGGGUGUGGAACAUGCCCCAGACGUGGCAGUGCGAGCUGGAGGUCUACAAGGCCACCUACCACUUCAUCUUCGCGCAGAAGCACUUCUUCACAGUGUACCUGGCGGCCUGCGGGGAGACCCUGACCCUGGACUUCUCCCUGCCCUUCACGGACUUCGUUCCCACCACGUGCAGCACCAAGUUCUCCGUCCGGGGGGACGAGGUGGACCUGCACCUGUUCCUGCCGGACUGCCACCCCAGUAAAUACUCGCUGUCCAUGCUGGUGAGGAGCUGCCGCGCCCGCGGGCCGGCCCCCGACGCCGGCGUUCCCGCCGAGGGCCCGAGCGGCCCGAAGGCUGCCAAGCCCAAGUGGCGCAACGUCACGCAGGAGCGGGCCGGCUGGGUGGAGUGCUGGACCGUCCCGAGCGUCGUGCUCACGAUCGACUACACCUGGCACCCCAUCUACCCACAGCGCGCAGAGGAGCAGCUCAAGCAGUCGCUGUCUGAGAUGGAGGAGACGCUGCUGUCCGUGCUGCGGCCGGCCCAGCGGGCGCCCGCCAGAGAGAACUACUUCGGCGAGGACGACGUGUACAUGGAUUUCGAGGAGGCGGCCUCCAGCCCCGUCGUGUCGCUGUCGACCUCGUCCAGCUCGGGGUGGACGGCCGCGGGGGCGGACAGCGACAGGCAGGACAGCGAGAGCACGGCCAGGUCACUGCACCCGCUGGCCCUGCGGCCGUGGGACAUCACCGUCCUCGUCAAUCUGUACAAGGUCCACGGGCGCCUUCCUGUCCAUGGCACGGCGGAUGGGCCCGAGUGCCCCAGCGCCUUCCUGGAGAGGCUGUGCUUCGAGAUGAAGAAGGGUCUCGGGGAGACCAUGCUGCAACUCGUGCUGUCGCCCCUGAACGUGUUUGUCAGCGACAACCACCAGCGCCCCGCCGCGGACGAGAGCCUCAGGGAGGGCCACAUCAGCCUGUCCGGCCUGCAGCUGCGCGCGCACGCCAUGUUCUCCGCGGAGGGCCUCCCGCUGGGCAGCGACUCCUUGGAGUACGCGUGGCUCAUCGACGUGCAGGCCGGAAACCUGACCGCCAAGGUCACGGCCCCGCAGGAGGACGAGAGGACGGGGACGGGCCAGCACGGAGGCCGCGUCUGCGUCGGCCCUUCCCCGCCCAGGGCCACGGCGCCGGGAUGCCCCGGCACCGCCAGGACGCUGUGGUUCCUGUGGCCGGAGGACACCCUGACCCACAGGCGGGGCCGCAGCAAGUGCGGCUGCCUCGGCGGCUGCCGCUUCUUCGGCGGCUCCAGCGCCGGCCCCGACUUCUUCCGGCUGGAGGAGCUCACCCCGGCCAGCAGCUCGGCCUUCUCCAGCGCGAGCGCCGAGUCCGACCUGUGCUACGGGCAGUCGCUGCUGCAGCCCGGGGAGCGGAUCGUCGCCGCGGGCGGACCCAGGACGGUGGACGGCGUGGUGGAGGAAACCGCGGCCAGCGCGGAGCCUUCCCGGAUGUCCGCGUUUGGUGGGUACGUCCAGGCCACCAAGAUGCAGCCUCAGUCCUCCGGGUCACUCAGAUCAAAUGCUGGAGCAGAAAAGGGCCAGGAAAUCGCGGCCAAGCUCGACAUCCAUCGCGUGCACGGGCAGCUCCGGGGGCUGGACACCACAGGUGGGUGGUCGGGGCUGGCCGCGGACCUGAGCGCGCGCCGCAGGAGCCUGAAGGGCCUGGUGGCCCUGGCCCGGCAGUGGAUGAAGUUCAUCGUGGUGACCCCGGCCUUCAAGGGCGUCAGCCUGCACCGGCCAGCCCAGCCCCUGAGGCCGCACGGCAGCGGCGACCAGGAGCCUGAGGACGGGCUGGGGCUGGACAGCGGGGGCGGCCUCCAGAGCGACACCAGCGCCGACGGGGCGGAGUUCGAGUUCGAUGCAGGGUCGUUCGAAGGAAACGGGGCCCACACGGUGGCCGAGCGGGUCUUGGCGGGAAUCUCAGCCAAGCAAGAGUUUCUGUACGUCACGCCCCUGUCGUGCGCGCCGUUCCGCGUGCCCUGCGUGGCUGCGGUGUGUGUGGCUGCGGUGUGCGUGGCUGCGGUGUGCGUGGCUGCGGUGUGCGUGGCUGCGGUGUGUGCGAUUCUGGCCUCGGCCUGUGUGCGCUGA